AUCAUUGAACUUUACUAAACGCACCGCACGCCGUCAUUUUUGAAGAUUGAAGUUAGCCCUUAAGAUCCGCAAGUGUGAAUGUUCCAAAUAUCAAAUCGACGUUUUAUGAAACAACAAUAUUAGCACUUACCUGUGGUAGAUAAAUUUCAUAGUAUCAAUAACAUAAUAAUAUCAAAAUGCUGCAUCGUUUAACAACCCGCGCUAUAAAAAUGAAUCGGGCAUUCGUCUACAAACUUUCAACGGCCGAAAAUGUGGAUAUAGCCCAGUAUUCUACGAGCACUGAGAAUACGCCACCAAUGGAUGAUUUCACCAGAGAGUUCAUGAAAAACCAAGUCAAGCUAACGGAUCUUCAGAAAAUAAUCCUAACCGCGGGUAGUUCAAUCGCCGCCUUAGUCAACCCUCGUAGACAUGACAUGAUCGCUUGUCUUGGGGAAACCACAGGAGUUCCUACAUUGGAAACCAUCCAUCAUCAGAUGCAAAACUCCGAAGAGGGCUGUCAGAUACUGGCAGAAAAACCUCGGAUCAACACCAGUACGGUGGAUUUGGAAGCACUAAAGAAGCUGCCGCAAAACACGUUUGGUUAUCACUACGCUACUUUUUUGGAAAAAUAUGAUAUAACGCCGGAUUCUAGGAUGGAAGUCAGAUUCAUGGAAAAUCCAGAGCUUGCCUACGUGAUGACACGAUACCGUGAGGUACACGAUCUGGUUCACACUGUCUUCGGAAUGCCAACCAACAUGCUGGGAGAGGUGACCAUCAAAUGGGUGGAAGCCAUCAACAUUGGUUUACCUAUGUGCUACGGAGGAGCCGUGUUUGGAGCAUUUCGACUGAGGCCAAAGCAGCGUCGAAAUUAUCUGCAGAAAUAUCUCCCGUGGGCCUUGCGGAUGGGACAACGAGCGCGACCAAUGAUGUGCGUUUACUGGGAGAAACGAUGGGAGCAAGAUAUCGAUGAACUGAGAAAGGAGCUGAACAUUGAAGCACUUAAAAUAGAUUAGAAAUAUAUCCAUUACAUGCAUGCACUGGAAGUAAUAUAUUUUCAUCGUUUAAUCUA